UUAAGAACUUAAUAUGAGACAUUACGUACAUUAUUCUUACCAAUUAGAGUAAAAUUUAAAAAGUGACAAAUAUUUGUAUAAAUACAAUUAUCAAAAAUUAAUUUUUUUGAAAAUAAUUGUGUCUGUUCUGUAAAAUUAUACACAUUUUUGUGCAAUUGCAUGUUCAUACAAUUUAUAACAUGGAAGUCUUCAAUUAACUUCAGCAGUGUACUUCGAAUUUUAACGAAUCUAAAGCUAGUGAUUGGUCAAAUUAAAAAAAAAAAAAAAGAGAAAGAAAAAAGAAAGGAAAAGAAAAUAUCGAAGAAGUAUCGGGUGUCUUAACGUCAUUAUAUUUAAUAAUAAAAUUAUACGUAUCUAAAUAUUUAGAUGAACAAAAUUAUUUUUAUAAAUAUUCUAUAAAUAUCAUUGUGUAAUCGCUUACCAUAUCGUGAAACUAUAUCAGAUUCUUGUAUAUACAAAGUGCAAUACGAUUAAGUUACGAAAAAACGACGAUCUCUUUUUUGUGAAUUACGUUAAAUACGAAGUAUAGUAGUUUUCAUUAUUUCCUUAUUAAUUCAUAAUAGAGUUUAUUUCUAUUCUUAAAACAUCAUCUUAAAACAUCAUAAUGCAAUCAGAGGAAAGUAAACGUAAGGGAAAUUUUUUACAUCAUACAAAUAGCCCUGAAAAAAUAAGAAAAGUAGGUCAGACUAGUAGCAGAUUUGUUGAUACGCUAAUAGGACAAUGGUCAAAGCAUACAGGAAUGCAGAUUUCUUCAAUGCAAACAAAAGAUUAUAAAUCAAGUAUAGAUGAAACAGAACAAACAAACAAUCAAGAUCUCAAAAUACAAAUUUUGCAAAAGAAAUUACAAGAGGCAGAAGAUAAUAUAAUGACACUUUCAACAAAUUUAGAAAAUGAACUCAGUGUUAAAGAUGAAAUAUCUGAAAAAUUAACUUCUACAUGGGAAUCUAUAGAUACGAUAACGAACUAUUGCAAUUAUAUGUCUGAGAGUAUGAAAACAUUUCAAGAACAUAUAAAUCAUUUAACGACUUUAUACAAUACUAUAAUAGAUACGCAAAAAAACACAGUAGAACGACAAGAACAACAACUGUAUGAUAUGAAAACAAAAGAUGCUGAUCAUCAAAAGUAUAUUAAUCAAGUAGAAGAGAACUUAGUGAUACAAGAAAAAAAAAUACAAGAAUUGAUUUCGAUAAAACAUAUAUUGGAAGAAGAAGCAAAAAGUUAUGAAGAGAAAUUAUCUUUUGAGAAAAACUAUUUAAUAAGUCUUCAUACAGAAGAGAAGUUAAAAUUAAUAAAAGAACAUGAAAUAAUUGUAAAUGAAAAGGAUCAGUUACAAUUAUCGAUAAAACAAAUUGAGGAAAAAACAAAGAAUACACUAGAUUUAAUUACCGAAAAAGAAAUAUACAUUAAUAAAUUGCAAGAAGAAAUGAAUUCUUACAUAAAUCAGAUAACAAUACUCUCAUCUCAGAAUACGGAGUUAAUUAAAAAUAUCGAAAAAUUAGAAAAAGAGAAAGAAAAAGAAGCACAAGAAAAAGCAAACGAGGUAAAACAAUUGUUAGAAGUGAUAAGUAAAAACAAAGCGAAAGAGAAUGAAUUAACUGAAGAUAUUGAACAAAAAAUAGAACUAUGUAAAUACCUUGAAAAUAAUUUAUUAGAUACUAAAAAUAAAUUGGAACAAGCAGGAAAUACUAUACAGUAUUUAAAAAGUAAUGAAAAUACUACUAUUAUAAAUCUUCAAAAAGCAAUAGAAGCUUUACAAAGAGAAAAAGCAGAGAUGUAUGCGGAAUAUCAAAUGCAAAUUCAGUGUAUAAAACAAUCUGAAAAAAAAAUUCAAGAGAAGCAGGAGGCUACUUUAAAGGAGGAAUUUAAAACUACCACUAUAGAAAUGAAGAAUACAAUAGAACAAUUAAAAAAAGAUAUUACGAAACUUCAUGAAGCACUCGUAGAAGCUAAAGCUGAAAACAAUACAUUACGCAAUAAAGAUUUUGAAAUUAAAGAAAAUAAUAAUAAGUUAAAGAAAAGUGUUAGUAACAUUGCCAAAAAUAAAGAUAAAGAUCAAACUGAAUCUGAAUUAGAAAAUAAGUAUACAAAAUAUCAAAAAGAAUUAGCUUUGGCUGAACAAAAAUAUAGAAGUAUACAAGUUAAACUUGAUAAACAAAUGGAAACGCAAGUAAAUAUGUUAAAAACUCCACCAUUUUCACAUUCUCAAUCUCAAAAUAAUAAGUUACAGAAUAUAAAGGAUAAGGAGGAACUUUUCAAUGAAUUACAAAAGUCGUCUUCGCAACAAACACCAACGCAAAUGUUUAGUGUUAUAGCAAAUCAAGACAAAAUUACGGAAACAGAGAAUUCACCCGGUGAGAAAAAAUUCUUUAAGUUAAGAAAUACGCAAGUUCGACGAUAUGGAAAUCAAAAAAACAGAAUUAUUAGAACAUAA